CAACCAUGCUCUGCAAAAUCAGCUGUUUCGAUCGAAAAGUCAAAUAACAACAAUAACAUUCACAAAUACUUGUGGGUCGAAAAAAAAAUAUUUGAAUUCACCACUGGAAACGCACAUUAAGUUAUAAUGGUUUUUUCUCGCCUUAUACGGCCAUUAUUGCUAACCCGUGGUGCCUUUGGUCGAUCUCUGGAAGAACGAACCAAAUUAGCAUAUAUGACACAAGGUACUCAUUUUCGCAGUGGUGCAUUGAAGCCUAAACCUCAACAAACACCUUUUGGUAUUGUGUUUGUUUUCUGCGCCGUGCUGCCCGGUCUCUUUCUUGGUGCUGCUAUAAGCAAGAGUGUGGCAAACUUCUUGGAAGAAAAUGACCUUUUCGUACCAUCUGAGGAUGACGACGAUGAUGACGAUGACUAAAACAAGUUAAACGUCCGGCAGGCAGGAAAGCCACAAAGUGAAAAUAUAAUCAUUAUUUAGUAGCAAACUAGCCUUUAAUUUUCCUUUAAUAAUGUUUCUAGUUAACAUUUUCGUUUAGUUUAAUAUUUAUUAAAGCAUAUUUAAACUAAUAA